AUGCCCAUUCCCCUGAUCGUCCAGGGCGUCACUGAGGGUCUAUCCUCCAUCCCCUUCGCCUGGACGAUCCUCAAGCUCGCCCCAUGGGUUCUCCUGGUCGCAGCGCUGAAGUUCUACUUUGGAGGUGCCAGAAAUGCCUCGGAGCGAGUGAUGCACUCAAAGGUUGUGAUGAUCACGGGCGGAACAUCCGGCAUCGGCGCCCAAAUCACCCAAGCCCUCGCCUCCCGAGGAGCGCAAAUCGUCCUUCUAACGCAACACUCCCCCUCCGAUAUUUUCCUAGUGGAAUACAUCGAAGACCUGCGCAAGAGCACCAACAACCAGCUCAUCUACGCUGAGCAAGUCGACCUGUCAUCACUACAUUCCAUCCGCACCUUCGCCACCAAAUGGAUCGACAACGUCACCCCGCGCCGGCUGGACAUGGUCAUCCUCUGCGCCUCGACGAACCCGCCCCCCUCCCAUAAGAAGCUCACCACGGACGGCCUCGACGAGGAGUGGCAGGUCAACUACCUGGCGAAUUUUCAUCUGCUGAGUAUCUUGAGUCCUGCGCUGCGGGCGCAGCCGGCUCACCGUGAUGUCCGGAUUAUUUUUGCCGGGUGUUCGGCGAGUUAUAUCCGGGCGGGUGGGUUUGAUCUAAGGAAGGUGGAGGAGGCUACGAAUUUGCAGGUGCAAACCCUACAAUCACAGCAGCAGCAGCAGCAGCAACAGAAGGUUGGAAGAGCUGGGGCUGGGGCUGGGGCUGGGGCUGGGAAAGGGAAGAAAACCCGACCAAAUACCCAGACAAGCACCAAGAAACCGGAAAGUCUUUUUGCGUUGAGCAAACUCUCCCUCAUGGUCUUUGCGCACGCCUUUCAAAAACAUCUCAAUGCGUUCAAGCGCCCGGACGGCCAGCCGACUUCGACUAGAGUUAUAAUGGUGGACCCCGGGUUCACGCGCACGCCGGGAAUGCGGCGCUGGAUGACGGGCGGGUCGCUGUGGGGCCUACUAGUGUAUCUGGUCACCUGGCCGGUGUGGUGGUUGGUGCUCAAGUCGCCGCAGCAGGGGGCGCAGAGUUUCCUGUAUGCGGCGAUGGAGGCGCGGUAUGGCCGGGAUGAGGGCGGGUGGAUGAUCAAGGAGUGCCGGGAGGUGGAUGUGGCGCGGAAGGAGAUCCGCGAUGAGGCGGCCGGAAAGCUGCUGUGGGAGUUUAGCGAGAAGAUGAUUGAAGUCAAGGAGAAGGAGAGUGCCGUGCAGCGGGCGUUGGCGAAGAAAGAGGCCGAACAGCAGGAGGCGGCGGAGCAGAAGGCGGGGCCUAAGGCCCAGACGCCCGGCUCGCGGAGGAGUCGGAAGGGAAAUGGAUCCGGAAACGGUAAAUAGGAGUGCCAAUAUAUAUGGUGG